CGCGGCGGCGCCCGGGCCUGGGGGCGAUCUGGGACCUCCCCCCCCCCCGGCACCCCCACGCCUCGGCUUCUGCUUUCCAGAAAUGGGCACAGUAACAGUGCCUCGAGUUGGUGUUGGGGGGUCCACGGAGAAAAGGCCAGCGCGUGUCUCCGGGCCGGGCGCGUGGGAAGCCCAGCCGGUGCGAGGUGGCUCCUUAGGGCUGGAGGGGCCGUUUCCACCGCAGAAUGCCCCGGGAUGGCCCCACCCUGCGCAGUCAGACUGAGCCCUGGCCCACGAAUGACAGGAACUAAGCCGGGGGUGGGGGUGGGGGGGGUCAUAGCAUGCGACCGGAGCCAAGGACCAGACUUUGGACGCCCAGGCCUGUGUGUGCACCCCACCCCAGCCAUGGCCCAGGUCAGCAUCAACGAGCUACCCGAGAACAUCCUGCUGGAGGUAUUCACACACGUGCCCGCCCGCCAGCUGCUGCUGAACUGCCGCCCCGUCUGCAGCCUCUGGCGUGACCUCAUCGACGUCGUGACGCUCUGGAAGCGCAAGAGCCUGCUGAAGGGCUUCAUCACUGAGGACUGGGACCAGCCCGUGGCCGACUGGAAGAUCUUCUUCUUUCUCUGCAGUCUCCGCAGGAACCUCCUGCGCAACCCAUGUGCUGAAGAGGAUAUGACAUCAUGGCACAUCGACUCCAAUGAGGGGGACAAGUGGAAGGUGGAGAGCCUCCCUGGAGCACACGGGACAGAUUUUCCUGACUCCACAGUCAAGAAGUACUUUGUCACAUCCUAUGGCAUGUGCCUCAAGUCCCAGCUUGUGGACCUCAAAGCCGAGGGCUACUGGGAGGAGCUGCUGGACACGUUCCGGCCCGACAUUGUGGUUAAGGACUGGUUCGCUGCCAGAGCAGACUGUGGCUGUACCUACCACAUCCGAGUACAGCUGGCCUCGGCCGACUACAUCAUCUUGGCCUCCUUUGAGCCCCCGCCUGUGACCAUUGAGCAGUGGAACGAUGCCAGGUGGACAGAGGUCUCCCACACCUUCUCGGAUUACCCUCCAGGCGUCCGCCACAUCCUUUUCCAGCACGGAGGCCAGGACACCCAGUACUGGGCAGGCUGGUACGGGCCCCGCGUCACCAACAGCAGCAUCAUCGUUAGCCAUAAGAUGACUCGGAACCAGGCCCCCUCCAGAGCUCAGCCGGAGACCACGCAGGGGCAGGAGGAAACUGCCCACUUGCCCUCCCCACUUGAUCUCCACAGGCCCUUCUGACAGUCCAUCAUCUGACAGCCAUUCAUCCGUCCUCUGUCUGGGCCAGCCGAAUGCCGAAGGUUCCUUCCAGGCAAGAGCUGAGCAUGUAGUGGGCAGCGAGGGCCCCUGCCCUGGGAGCUCUUGCCCUAGUUCCAACCUUGGGCAGACCCACCAGCGUCUGCUCACAGCACAGUAUUGGAGACAGACAGUGUUGGCCGGCCGAAUCCAGGAGGCUGAGACAUCGUGGUCCCAGCGCCCUUCCCUGCCCUCCUCUGCAGAAGCCCUCAGUGAAGGCAACCAGACCUGAGCAGCCCCAGGCUGGAGGAGGGCGGUCCACACACAGAGGCAAUAAGAGCGCUUGGCAUCAGUGGCCCUGCAGCGCCGCCCCAGGCUGGGGCCCCCGAGUCCUUCAGUCGCGGCAUCCGUGGACAGCAGGCGCCACUCAGCUGCCUUUAUGAGCUCGCUCCUCCACGUAGAGCUGCAUCUGAUGGAUAGGAACAAACAGCCACCGUCAGACGGACAGCUUGGGCACCUACUCUGGAGGGCCCUCGAGCCCCUGGCAGGCACAUCUCCACCAAGGGUGGGGCUCUGAGGCCACACCCAGGGGCUAAGGGAACGGGGAGAAACGGGAGGGGGCUUACAGCAGGCAUCCCCUGGUCCUCUGCCCCAAGCCUUGAUACACAAGCCCUCGGGCAAGGCCUCAAACCCUAAAUAAAGCUUAACCUGGGCCCCAUGCCGCUCA